AUGGGUAGUUUAGAUAGAGGUGUACUUACCGGAUUUAUUUGCAGAUUGUGCUCAGAAAUGCACCGUGUUGUUAUCCAUAUCUAUGGUGAAGAGGGUAUACGUUUAUGUAUAUCUGAGAAAAUCAAUAGAUAUCUUUCGAUAAACGUUUCUCGUUCAGAUCCUCUUCCUAAAACCAUUUGUAAAAAUUGCUUAGAGAGACUGGAGAAUCAACAUCGAUUAGUGAUGAGAAUUGAACAAGCUGCAAAUUUGCUGAAGGGUCAAAGGCGAGCUAGAUUCAACAAUAAUUACCAAUUAACCAGUUAA